UCCCGCCGGCUGAUCGAGAAAAGUAAGUUACGGCUCCGGGUAGAGUCAAGUGCAAUCCUUCACAUCUCUUCGUCUUCUACCUUUUGCUUUCAUCUCUCAAACCACAACUACAGCGUCGAAAUGACUACUCAACAAAAUGCGGCUAAUGCUCGCAACGUCACGACUAUCGGUCAUGUCGAUCAUGGCAAGACGACUCUUAUGGAUGCACUUUUAGCUGCGAACAACAUCAUAUCCUCGCGCAUGGCGGGCAAAAUUCGAUACCUUGACAGCAGAGAAGACGAACAGCAGCGUGGUAUUACUAUGGAGAGUAGCGCAGUAUCGCUACAAUUUACGGUCAUGGAAAGAAAUCCAGAAGGAGGUAGUUCUCCCAAGACGCAUACCAUCAACAUGAUAGAUACCCCUGGACAUGUAGACUUCUCGAGUGAAGUUUCUACUGCGUCCCGUUUGUGUGACGGUGCUCUGGUACUAGUGGACGUUAUAGAAGGCGUCUGUACGCAGGUGCGUAUUCUCAUUAUGUUUUCUUUCUUGUUCGCAGCUGGUGUAGCUUUGAGCGAAGUGGACCACAUACAACUAGGAUAUCCUUUUGGCUUCCUCUGUGUUCGGCCUAAUCUUGAUUUAAUUCAUAGUCAACUAGUUGAACUAUACCAGAUGACUUUCACAACACAGUUACACUCUGCGAAGGGCCGGUCGCUACCAAUACGACGUUCGGGCGCAGUCUCUUGCUCCUCAGGGGUCCAGCGGUAUCAGGCUGAGUGUAAUUGUCAUGAAGGAGAUGAAUCUCUGGACGUACUUGUGAUUUCAAAGUACCAUGGUUCUUCCAUCGCUACACCAGCUGAAGGAUAGGCUCUCUCCGUCAUUAUGUGAUUUACUCAUGCGACUAUCACACUAGACCAUCUCAGUUCUCCGACAAGCAUGGAUUGACCGAUUGAGACCCAUCCUAAUCAUCAACAAAUUUGACCGUCUCAUCACAGAACUCCAACUCACCCCAGUUGAAGCAUACCACCACCUCGCACAACUUAUUGAACAAGUCAACGCCGUCAUGGGAAGUUUCUUUGCCGGGGAACGUAUGGAAGAUGACUUGCGGUGGCGAGAAGAGCGCGAGCGUCGUUUAGCCAAAAAGAAAGAAGCCCACGCAGACGAAGUCGACGCUACCCUCAGCAAAGCGGACGCAGACGAAUUUCAAGAGAAGGAUGACGAAGAUAUUUACUUUGCCCCGGAAAAGGGUAAUGUGAUCUUUGCAUCUGCUAUCGAUGGAUGGGGUUUCAGGAUAGGCAAGUUUGCGCACUUAUAUGCGGUCAAGUUAGGUAUGAAGGAGGCGAAUCUGAGGACGGUACUUUGGGGAGAUUUCUAUCUGGACCCGAAGACCAAGAGAGUGAUCAGCUAUAAGCAUCUGAAGGGUCGCGUCUUGAAGCCCCUAUUCGUGCAGUUCGUCCUGGAGAAUAUUUGGGCAGUGUAUGAAGCUGUUGUAUUGAAACCAGACUCAGAGCGAGUCGCAAAAAUCGUCUCAGCACUAAGCCUCAAGAUCCCACCCCGUGAACUCAAAUCAAAAGACACCCGCUAUCUGCUCUCUCUAAUCUUCUCUCAAUGGCUCUCCCUCUCAACAUGCGUCAUUCAAACCAUCGUUGACAUCGUCCCUCCCCCACCUUCUGCACAACGAGUUCGCAUUCCCAAGAUGCUCUACCCCGACAUCUACGAAACCACUAUCGAGCCUAAGAACAAACUAGAAGAAAACCUAUUUGCAUGCGAUGAUAGGCCGGAAGCGUAUGUGGUGGCACUUGUGAGUAAGAUGUUUGCAGUGCCCGUCGAGGAACUUCCGGAAAAUAAAAAGAGGCCUGUUACGGCAGAGGAAUUGAGGGAACGGGGAAGGACAGCGAGGGAGGCUAGGAAGGCUGCUGAGACGAAUGGAGAUGCAGAUCUAAAUAUUGUCCCUGUCCCCCUUUCUUCAGAACCUGACGGUACUGCAAGUCCUGCUCAGCCCUCCGAGACCGCAGCAGAGCUUAAGCAGGGAGGAGAGAAUGUAGCAGCAGAGUUGGGUAUUCAAACCGGCGAAACCCUGCUCGGUUUCGCACGUAUCUACUCUGGAACAAUCGCUCGAGGUUCAACUAUCUACUGUGUCCUACCAAAAUACAACAAUACUCUUCCCCCUUCCCACCCGCGCAAUCAGUCGCAUAUAGUCACUGCAAAGGCGGAGAGAUUGUAUACGAUGAUGGGGAGGGAAUUGGUGGAGGUGCAGGAAGUGAGGGCGGGGAAUGUGUUUGCUAUCAAGGGUUUAGAGGGUAAGGUCUGGAGGAAUGCUACUCUUUGUGCACCAAGGAGUGUGGGUGUUCAGGGGCCGGACUUGGAGAGGGAUAAGGAGUGUUUGGUGAAUUUGGGUGGUGCCCUUCGUACAGCUGCACCGAUUGUCCGAGUUGCCUUGGAGCCCGCUGUCCCUGCUGAUUUGCCGAAGCUUGUUAAUGGGUUGAAGUUGCUUGCUCAAGCCGAUCCUUGCGUAGAGACCUUCCAGCAACAAACCGGUGAACAUGUUAUCAUGACUGCAGGAGAGUUGCAUCUAGAGAGGUGUUUGAAAGACCUGAGAGAAAGGUUUGCAAGAGUUGAAAUUCACGCUUCAAAGCCUAUUGUGCCGUUUAGAGAGACCUGUGUCAAGGGCGCAGAGAUGGCCCCACCGAAAUCUGGGGGCAAACGGGGCACAGUAUACGGUGCGAGCGUGCACAAUCUCGUCAAAUUCACCAUCCGCGCUUCACCUCUGCCCAAACCAAUUUGGGAUUUCCUCCAAGACAACCUUGCAGUCAUACGCCAACUUCAUCGCGAGAGCCGUAACAGAGACCUUUCACAGCGGAAUACGAACAUAGAAGCUGUGGAAGAAGACCCUGCGGAAAUUGACAUUCAGGGAGAGCUGUAUAAGCCUCCAACGGUUGAACCGGAGCAGUUUUGGUCUGCCUUAGAGGAUAUAUGCAAGAAAUGUGGUGGAGAGUGGGCAAGUAUUAUUGACAGGAUAGUGGCCUUUGGACCACAGAAAGUUGGAACCUCUUUGUUGGUCGAUCUCAGGAAGACUUCGUCCAAAUCGCUGAAGGCGCGGCUUGCGACAAACAAGGAGGAAAAUGUCAGUGAAGAACGGCAAAUCGUAAACGAUUUCGAUGGGUAUCUCGAGACUGGAUUCCAACUGGCUACAUUGCAAGGGCCCUUGUGUGCAGAGCCAGUAGAAGGAUUGGCCUAUUUCGUGGAGUCCUUGGAAAUCAAUUACGCCGGACUCGAGGAAGAACGAGUGCAAAACAGGAUGGCCCAAGUGACAGGUUCUUUCAUUUCGGCCGUAAGAGAUGCGUGCAGGAAUGGACUUUUGGAUUGGUCUCCACGGUUGAUGUUGGCGAUGUACACUUGUGAUAUUCAAGCUUCAACGGAUGUACUUGGUAAGGUUUAUGGCGUAGUCGCCAGACGGAGAGGGAGGAUUGUAGCGGAAGAAAUGAGAGAGGGCACGACGUUUUUCAACGUUCGAGCUUUGCUUCCUGUGGUAGAGAGUUUUGGAUUCGCUGAUGACAUGCGCAAGCGUACAUCGGGUGCUGCAAGCCCUCAGCUCAUAUUUAGCGGGUAUGAACUCUUGGACGAAGACCCUUUCUGGGUCCCAACAACAGAAGAGGAGCUCGAAGACCUCGGGGAGAAAGCCGACAGAUCAAAUGUUGCGAAAGCUUACAUGGACGCUGUUCGUGAACGGAAAGGUCUCUUUGUGGAUAGGAAGAUUGUCGAGCAUGCAGAGAAGCAAAGAACCUUGAAGCGAUAGACUACAGUCACUCUAAGUUAUGAAAUCGUGGAGUGUAUAGUACAGAUAUAACGUCAAAUCGUCGGGACAUCAUGAUCGUAGCGAUUUUGGAUCCUGUAAAAGAUCCUGCCACCAUUCCUGAUGGCUGAGAGACUUUUGAGCAAGGCUUCGGACGGACGUGUACAGGCUGCCGAAUCCACUGCUAGACAGCUGAUAAGAAACGAAUGGCAUAAGUAUAAUGCAGGUGGAAACUAAAGCAAGACUACGCACCAGCUCCGUCCGAGGGACCAGUUGUAGAGAAUACGC